CAGUCGUUUCGCUGAAGAGGUGAAAACCUAUGAUUACUUGGCAUUAAGGCUUCCGUCAGGUCUAAUAUUUGCUGUCAUAUUUAUAUUCUAACAUUAGUUAAGCCAAAAAGCAAUACCUAUUCGGAAGCAUUUUCGAAAGCAGAAAAGGCAAAACCACACUCUAUAUAGGUGUAUUUAUUGUGGUAAGGAAUAUGCAAGGACUGCGACACGAAUGGCAAAUCAUCUGAUGAAAUGUUUGAAAUGUCCAAAAAAUAUGUGUGAAAAUAAAGCUAAUCAAGAAACUAACCAGUCAGAAGAUAGCUUAAGUCUAUGGGGUUCAUGUUCCAGUAAGGCGACACUAGAUAGGUUUGUUGACAAAAUAGACGAGCACCAAGAAGAACUCCUAAGUAAGAAACUUGCUGCUGCAAUUUAUUCGUCUGGUUGUCAUUUCUCAAUAGUUGAUGAUUCGCAGUGGAAGGACUUCUUCGCAAAUAUCAGGCCGUCUUUCAAAAAACCUUCAAGAAAAGAUAUAGCUGGAAAAUAUCUGGACAACGAUUUUCAAGAAGCCGAAGAAGAAGUUUGGAAAAAAAUACAUACAGCAAAUUCACUAGCUUUUCAGUGUGAUGGCUGGUCUAAUGCUAGAAAUGAGGUCAUUAUCAAUUUUGUAGUAACCACGCCCACCCCUGUUUUAUUAAAAACGAUGGCGACAGGCAUUGAGCGGCACACAGCCCAAGAAUUGAUACGCUGUAUUUCUCAAAUUGGUGGGGACAAGGUAAUUGGGAUAUUAUCCGACAACGCAUCAGCCAUGGAAAAGGCAAAAAAUAAUCUCUUAAAAGAAGACUGA